AUGUCACCGAAAAAGACCCAGAAGAAGCCAAAGGCAGCAAAAGAGGUGGAACCACAGGCGCAAAAUGCUUCAGCAUCGACUAUCCUUUUGAACGUUGGUAGAGCAGCAGCUCUCCUCCUGGUUGCAGGUUUCGCAUCACCAGUUUCGCAGCUCAAUCUAUCACCAGUCUAUGGAUCCAUUCCUGCAUCCCUACACCACCAACGGACGAUGACCCUCACUGCUGUUGGAGCUCUUAUCACGCGACGCGCUUUGAAGAGCUACGUAUCUGCAAAUGUCGCACAGUACAUCGCUGUAGUUGCGUACUGGACCCCCGUCAUUCAGUUUCUACUAUUUCCAUACAGCGGCAAGAUCGGUAUCGAAUAUGGACCUCUACUCAUCGAGUCCCUGACAUACUUUCCCCUGCUAUUCCUCUCAGUGUUCGCUGCGGCCGAUCUUCUGGAAUGUAUCGACAUCACCGGUAUUAACCCCUCGCCUAUCAAGGAGGUCAUUGUCCCUACGGCAUCCUACUUUACCGUGUCGACCGUGGCCAAGAUCAGCAGCGCUCUCAUCCCAAGCUUCAUCGGAACAUCUGUUUACUUCACACGCGUGGGUAUGCAGAUGCUGCUUGCGUCAGCAUCUGCCUUCUUUAGCCCAUCGCGUGUCAUCCUCUUUGCCUUCCCAGCAAUUCUGCACACGCUCUGGACGAACCCGCAUCACCCUUCAGCUCAUGGUCUCCAGUUAGCAAACUCCACGUUGCAAGCUACACAAAACUACACACUUCUCGCCCGCCAGGAAUCUGUUACGGGAUAUGUAUCCGUCCUCGAGAAUCACGCCGACAAUGCUUUCCGUCUCCUUCGAUGUGACCACUCUCUGCUCGGUGGCGAGUGGCAAGUCACACCGCAAGCCUAUGCUAAGGGCCAACGGCAACGGGAAUCUAUAUUCGCCGUCUUUGUCCUUCUCGAAGCUGUCCGUCUCAUCGAACCACCAGUAGACACUCUACCUACUAUUGAUGAUAGCAAGAAGUCCGCUCUGGUAAUCGGUCUUGGUAUCGGCACGGCACCUAACGCCAUGAUCAAGCACGGCAUCAACACUACAAUUGUCGAACUUGACCCUGUAGUCCACCACUACGCCACGAAAUACUUUGACCUGAGCCCCGAUCACACCGCUGUCAUCGACGACGCAACCGCCUACGUCGCACGCAAAUCCGUAUCAGCACCAGGCAGCUUCGACUACAUCAUUCACGACGUCUUCACCGGCGGCGCAGAACCUGUCUAUCUCUUCACCACAGAGUUCAUGCAAGGUCUCUAUGACUUGUUGACACCAGAGGGUGUUGUAGCGAUCAACUACGCUGGUGACCUUACACUGGGUUCAACCAGACUAGUGCUAAACACCAUUCACGCCAUCUUCCCUGCCUGCCGCCUCUUCCGCGAUUCUCCCGCGCCAGAGGAACACAAAGAGGGUGAAGCUGAUUUCAUCAACAUGGUCAUCUUCUGCGUCAAGAACGAUGAUGGGCUAGGCAAAGCGGCUGUUAGGUUCCGUGAUGCGGUUCCAAAGGACUUCCUAGGUAGUAUUGCGCGCACAAAUUUCCUUCAGCCGCAGAAGAAGUUGGAGGUCAAGUACGAUUUCGUCAGCAAGGAGGAUGGAGGUAGGGUUAUGGGUAACGCGGAUGUUGGCGAGCUGGAGAAGUUUCAUGAAGAUGGUGCGGUUAGUCAUUGGAAGAUUAUGAGGUCAGUGUUACCAGAGGGCGUGUGGGAGAUGUGGUAA